AUCUCUCUCAUUUAGAAACACUCAAAAAUUUUCUCUCUUUAUUGCUUUCACUUAACUCUUUUAUCCUUUAGUUGCUACUUCAAUGUCUCACCACCACUAUGAAACCAACCCUCAUUUCGUUCAGUUUUCCUUGCAGGAUCAACAUCCCGGUGGUCCUUCUAGCUCAUGGAACUCUCCGCACCAUCAUCAGAUCCCACAGGCUCACUCAGUUGCUCCACCGAGGGUGAAAAUAAAGACUCGGGAACGCCAGCAGACCGAGCCACCUGAAACAAUCCAUGAAUCACCUUCCUCAAGACCCUUGCCACUGAGACCGGAGGAACCAUUACCACCACGCCAUAAUCCAAACUCUGCCAGGCCAUUGCAAUUGAGCCCUGAGGAGCAACGACCUCCACACCGUGGCUAUGGAUCUGAACCAACUCCAUGGAGAACAGCUCCAAGACGACCAGUGCAUCAACCUGGUCCUAAGAGGACCAAACCCAUGACAUUGCCAGCCACAAUCUGCUGUGCAAUGCUCCUGAUCGUCCUAAUUUUAUCUGGUCUCAUUCUCCUCUUAGUCUACCUCGCCAACCGUCCACGCUCACCAUACUUCGACAUCUCAGCAGCAACCCUAAACACCGCCAAUCUGGACAUGGGAUAUGUUCUAAAUGGAGAUCUCGCUGUUGUGGUAAACUUCACAAACCCAAGCAAGAAAAGCAGCGUGGACUUCAGCUACGUGAUGUUCGAGCUCUACUUCUACAACACACUCAUAGCGAGCGAACACAUAGAGCCAUUCAUUGUACCAAAGGGAAUGUCAAUGUUCACAAGCUUCCAUCUCGUCAGCAGUCAGGUACAAAUUCAGAUGAUUCAGAGCCAGGACUUGCAGCUGCAGCUUGGAGCCGGUCCAGUGUUGUUGAACUUGAAAGGAACGUUUCACGCUCGCUCGAACCUCGGUUCGUUAAUGAGAUACUCUUAUUGGUUGCACACACAGUGCAGCAUCUCGUUGAAUACUCCUCCUACAGGGACAUUGCGAGCAAGAAGAUGCAGUACAAAACGCUAGCGAUUUGCAGCAUUCUGACUAAAUAAAUUGCUUCUUUUCUUGAUACAUUUGAUGAUAAUUUAGGCAAAUAGAUUGAUUUUGUAUUUUGAAUAAUAGAAUUGAUCUAAAAUUGUAUGUAAUUUGAUAAUAUCAAUAGAGAUGAAGAUAUGUUAUCUAAAAAUCCAUAGUUAUUUAUUUUGAUUAUAAUGUUGUAGCUAGCUUUAAUUAUGUAGAAAGAAGAUCUUAUAUUACUUUUGUAAAAGUGAAAUAUGUGCGAAUAAAGUGUUUAACUUUGU